AUGUAUCGCUAUGCUGGGCUGCCGCCAUUUGGAAAGAGGUUUCGCUCGGUCUCUUAUGUUCGCUAUCUCUUGACAGAGCUACAGGCCUUGCCCCCUGUGCAUUGUGGCCUGUGGCCUGAAUUCAAAGCCAUCUCAGGAUCAGGAGCAACGACUGCCUCCGAGAUACUUCCCUGGCAGGCCAGCAUCCAAUCAAAUGAGCUGCAUUUCUGUGGAGGUGUGAUUCUGAGCAGUUGGUGGGUCCUGUCUGCAGCUCACUGCUACACGGAGGAACUUCCUUCAGAUCUCCAUGUAGUGGUUCCUUUGAAUGGACAUGAAUUGGAGAGAAUGAAGUUGGACAGGGUGCUCAUCCACGAGGACUUUGACUGUACAAACCUGAACAACGACGUUGCUUUGCUCCUGCUCGCCUCCCCAGUAGAGUUCGGUGAAGAGAGGACUCCCAUUUGCCUGCCCUUGCUACAGGACCUUGGAGCGUGGCAAGACUGCUGGGCUGCAACUUGGAGAUCCACCACGCCGGGCGACGAGAACACACCGACCAGAGUGCUAAAGAAAACGGAAAUGUCUCUGGUCGGCGGGGAGACCUGUUCCAAGAGCGUACAGGGGCUGACGGAGGGCAUGCUGUGCGCCGUCUCUGACGAAGGAGGGAAGGAGACCUGCAAGGAUGACAGCGGGGCUCCUUUGGUUUGCACUUCCGGAGAAGACAGGAGAUGGUUUGUGGUUGGACUAGGCAGUCAUGGGGAGGCCUGCGAAGGAAAGGGCAGUCCCGCUGUCUACACUGUGGUUUUCAGCUACCUCAACUGGAUAGAAGAGGUUACGGCCGAGGAAGGGAAACCAUUUAUCCCCGAAGGAGUGGACGUCGUUGUAGCCGAUUCCGAAAUCCCUCCUCCCGGUUUGGCUGAGUUCGAAGAGGUAACAGCUGAGGAAGAAAAACCAUUAAUCCCUGAAGGGGUGGACGUUGUCAUAACUCAUCCUGAAUUCCCCGUUCCCGGUUUGGCUGACUCUCCCUUCCUUUCCGCCCCCUGUGCUGUUGCUUCUGUUCUGAUGUCGAUGCUUUUCCGUUUAUUGUAAUA